CCCGCCCACUGCGGCCCGCCCAGGGCCUGCCCGCACGCCCGCCCGGGACCGGCUCCGGCUCCGCAGCGGCGGCUGUAGCUGCAGCCGCCGCCGCCGCCGCCCGUUGCAGCGCCGGCGCCGAUGCCUCCUGCGGCUGCCCGGCAGGGAAGAUGGCGCCGUCCCACGUCCUCAAGUGUUGCCAGAAGGUGUUGGCCUGGGUGCCCGUGGCCUUCAUCGCCCUGGUCGUGGCCUGGUCUUACUACGCCUACGUGGUGGAGCUGUGUGUGUUUACUAUUUCUUCAACUGCAGAAAAAGUUGUCUACCUUGUGGUUUUUCAUCUGUCAUUUGUCAUGUUUGUAUGGUCCUAUUGGAAGACAAUUUUCACAUCUCCUGCAUCCCCCUCUAAUGAGUUCUGCUUGUCAAAAGCUGAUAAAGAACAAUAUGAAAAAGAAGAGAGACCAGAAUCCCAGCAGGAGAUUUUGAGAAGAGCUGCUAAAGACUUGCCUAUCUAUACGACAACAGCGUCGAGAGCAAUCAGAUACUGUGAUCGAUGCCAGCUAAUCAAACCUGACCGCUGCCACCACUGUUCUGCAUGUGACAUAUGUGUAUUAAAAAUGGAUCACCACUGUCCAUGGGUGAAUAAUUGUGUGGGAUUUUCUAACUACAAAUUCUUCCUCCUGUUUUUAAUGUAUUCCUUACUGUACUGUCUGUUUGUUGCUGCUACAGUCUUGCAGUACUUCAUAAAGUUUUGGACAAAUGAAUUGCCAGAUACCCAUGCAAAAUUCCACGUACUAUUCCUUUUCUUUGUGGCAGCCAUGUUCUUCAUCAGCAUACUCUCACUCUUCAGCUACCACUGCUGGCUAGUUGGCAAAAACAGAUCAACCAUAGAAACAUUCCGUGCACCCACAUUUCGAAAUGGCCCUGAUAAAAAUGGUUUUUCUCUUGGAUGCAGCAAAAAUCUGAGGGAGGUUUUCGGAGAUGAAAAGAAGUAUUGGCUACUCCCUAUUUUUACCAGUUUGGGUGACGGGUGUAAUUUUCCAACUCGUCUGGUGAUUAUGGAUCCAGAGCAACUUACUGCCUCAAGCCAAAAUGAACCUGCCAAAAGCUCUGGAACCAAUCAGUCCUUUCCUACUCGACCACUCAGUGAAUCACAAAAUCGAUUGCUAGCCAGCGACAGUCAGUGGGUGGAAAGUGGCCCUGAAGAGGAAAAUGUUAAAUCAGGUGCAAAAAAGCAUAUUAUAGUUUCCUUGGAAAGCUGAUCUCAGCUUAUUACCAACCAACCAUCUCAAUGAGAAACAGGUUUCUGCAACACAUUUUGUGCUUGAAUAUUACUUAGUUUUGUUUGGAAGAAGUUGAUUAGUAAAAAAUGGAACAUGAACAUUUUAGGAAGAGACAAGAAAUUCAAGUUUCUGCACAGUACAAUGGAUUCUUGUAAGCACUAUUGCAGAGCAGGGAAGUUAAGACAGAUGCCUUAAGAUUCUUAAUGUGCAUUUUAUGCAACACUGAAUUAUAUACUGCUACCAAAGGGCCAAAUCCUGAAGUGCCCUGCUUGGAUGCACAAGGUCCAAAGGUCCAGAGUGGGAACUAUGCAUUUCUGUUAUGCUGCAGUGGUGGGGGUAGAUUGCAGAGACUCCUGCCUCCCCAUGGGCAAACUUCAUACCUUAGGCACUGCAGAAGUCACUUCCAUUGCAGGUCUCCAGGGUACAGAAGGAAAGAAAAAAGGAAAAGAAAAAAAAAAAGGUGGGGGUGGGGGGGUGUGGUAAAAUCAACAUAGAGCACGGCCAGUGAGUCUGAAGUGCGAAUAUACAUAGUUCAAAUACCAGGUGAUGGGGAAGUGACUGGAUGAUGUCUUCUCCCCUCUUCCUAUUAACCUGCCCCAUGAUCAUAGCUCUCAAAGUCUUUUGAGACUGAGGAUUCCUUCUACUAGCUGUGCUUUGGAGCAAGGCAGUGCCAACAACGUAAAAGCCUUUUACUUGGGUGUCGCUUUUUCUGCUAUAGGAUUGAGCCCCCUCACCAUUUUAAUUUGAUUUAUUUAACUAUAUCGAGAACAGAGCUCAGAGAAGGGAACUCUGGUUUAGUUGAAAAAACAUGGAUUAUUACUCUCCAGCAAUUGUCUGUCAGCAUGCAAAGAAAAGCCAGUCCAAAAAGGAAUUAACAAUUGUUACAUUUUCUGUUAAUGUCUGCAGUGUUCUGUAUGAGGCAAUAACAAAAUGAUAAAGUACCCCGAGAAAAACCUUAUUGCAUUUGUGUGUUGUUAGAAGAUGGAACUGGAGGAGUACUGCUUUUUCUGUGGGACACUUGAUGGUUUAUAAAUACUAUUUUAUACUUUUGUUUUAUCUUUUUAAUAAAGGCACAAGUUUUUAUUGGUUCUAAAGUACCAUUUAAACAAAUACCAAGUACUUAUGAGUACUUACGAGAAAAUUAGUGUUGGAUCAUACAUCUGUGUUAACACACUGAAAAUCUGUAUGCUUUAGCCUGCCAAUUUCAAGUCCAGUUUAAGUGAUGCUGAAAUUGCUAAAGAUUGAAUGCUUUGUGCAGUGAUGUACCUGUGCACAAAAGGCAAAAUCUGUUUCCUGUGUGAGGAAUAAAGUCCAUCCUAAGCUCAAGACCUACAGCAAACAACAUGGGGUUUUUUUUCCCCUAUCUCCUCUGUAGAGAAGACUGCUGACUCAUCCUUGGGUGGUAUUGGAAUUCUGCACCUGGAAAAAGUGAUAAAGACUGUUUUCCUGUCUGUAAUUUUUCUGAUGUUCAGCUGAUGCUGAUUAGAUCAGCAAAGCCCCUACAAAGCCCCUUUGAUGCAGAUGAUCUGGACCAAAAGAACCUCUUUGGUCUCUCUCCCAGAGUGAUUGCUACUUAAGUACGUUUAUGAUGGAAAUAAUAAGGUAACAAACAUAGUGUAAGGUUUAGAACCAGUAUUUUUUGUCUUUGGAAAGAAUAAAUUUUUCUUUAAAAUUAAUCUGCUAGAACAAGAACACUCUGAGAAUGUAUGAACAUGAUUUGGUCCCUGUUGGAUGUUCUUGGGACAGAAGUAAUGGUGCAAAGCUGCAUGUUUUACGAAAGUUGCAGAAUGUUUCUUCAAACUUUGUACAAGAAAUUUUGCAUUUGCCAAGUUCAAAACUUAACAAAAACAUUUGCUACAUAUUAAUCUGAAAGGUUUAGCUUUUUCUUCUCAAACAUCAAGUGAGAAGUGCUCGUCUGAAUACAAGCUCUCAGCAGGACUGCACCAGCAAAAUUUCUUGGGGAAGACAACAGAGACAGAAGACUGCAAGUUGAAAUGGCUCAUUCCGUAUAUCAAAAUCUGCAGCCCCAAACACUGGUGGAACUGUAAUGGACGGCCCAGAAUAUCAUCUGGCGUUUACUGCAUCAGCGUAUUACAGCUGCGGUAACGCAUACAUGCACAGUCAUUGUCUGGCAGAACUAUAAGCAAAAAUCUAUGGCUCUAAUAUGGUGAAUAUCACUGAUUCAGCAAUAUGGUCUCUGCUCACCCCCACCCCUGAAGUACUCAAUAUACCCCCAUAUGAAUGUAUAUAUACUGUAGGCUAACAUCAGUAUAACUUGUUUGAUUUCUUAAGUCAGGAAAAACUGCAUGUAAAGAGACUGGGCUAAGUCCAUGUGUGUUCUCUGGCAAGUGCUGGUCUUCUGAAAGCAGUUUUUUGCAUAAUCUGAUGGACGUUUUUGUGGCUUUUCAUGAAGAGCUGAUGUUUCUGACAUGUUUAUGCAGAUCACAGGUGCAUUUUGUCCCACAUUUCUCUCAUGUUUCAGAUGAGGAAAGGAAGAGAGCAGUGAGCUUAAGAUACUCUUGAGGCCAGAGUUACUGUUGGUAUAAAAGCAGGCAUUACUGAAAAGUCACUUUGACAAAUAUGAAAUGUAGUAAAACGAUUUGAAUAUUUACCGCCCCCAACCCUCCCUGCCCCAGGAACUGGUUACUAAGAGAAACGCCAGGCUGAUACAAAGGAAUUAUGUUCUCCAAGGGAGUGAACUGUAAGGGCCCACUGGUGAGUGGGAUGGGGGGCUCAGGUUUUCCUGGCAGGCUUUGGCUGUGGAGGUACCACAUCUAAGGUGGCAGGAUGACGUCUUCUGUCUUUCAGAGUUCUGUCGUGACAGCUCCCUAGCCAUAAACAAGGGCAUUCUGUGCUCUAUCAAAGAGUAGGAUAGGCCAAAUAAGGGAGCAAGCCAGGAAUUAAAAAGUUGGUGAGGACAAAGAGCUGUUUGGCUGUUGAGUUGCAGGCAGGCUUGGGUGUCACUGCCAGCAGAGGCAGGGGGGCUGUAGGGCUGCUCCAGGAAAUAGGUCCUUUUGGCCAAUGCACUUGAAGAGCUGAAAACUUCAGGAGAGUGCAGUGAGAAGAGCAGACCUGCCUGUUCAGGAGGUCAGAAGGGAGACGGAUCCUGAGAAAACAACUGCUUCGGGUGCUGGGUCACGUGGUACGUGCUGCAUUUGUGCUUUAACCUACUCUGUAUCGGCAAAUCUUGAAAAUACCUAGAUUGUCACUAAAAAUAACAGCCCUUAAGGUUUUAAAUCCAUCAAAAUAGUGUUGCAAGCCAUAAAUAAUAUUGUAGUUACCAUAGGAUAGUUGACAUUGGCUGGAAUUAGGAACUAUGCUUUAGUAUUUUUCCCAGGGAAGUGGUUGACUUGGUCACGUUGGACACCUUCAAGAGUCGUCUGGACAGGGUGCUGGGCCAUCUUGUUUAGACUCUGCUCUUCCUAGAAAGGUUGGACUAGAUGAUCCCUGAGGUCCCUUCCAACCUGGGAUUCUGUGAUUCUGUGAUUCUGUAUUUCUUACUACUCUUUUCUUUUAGAAGAAUCCACACACGAGUCAUGCACACAAAAUGACACUGAACUCCCAGUGUGAGGACAGAAGCCUGAAGCAGGGCAAGAUUUCAGUGUGGUAUCUCCUCGAGAUUUCUGAAAUGUCUUGGGAUGAUAAACCUGUCCCUGUAAAGAUGCGGCAAGGAGAGCCAUAAAUAGAAAAGAAUACUUAAAACUACACAGCUGAUACUAUUUUUUUCUUACAGCAAUUUAUUCAGAGACACUAGAACAUGCGCAUCAUUGCUGCUCCUACUGAAGGCAUGUUACGGGAGGAGGGCAGGAAGAGGCGUAGGUUUCUGCUGUAAAUGAUUUCCUACAGUAUUACCCUGAGAUUGCAACAUCACAAGUUAGAUGCAUUCUUUGAUUGAAGACUUCCACUUAAAAUACUCAGAGGGUUAUUUUAGAGGGAGUUUGGGCACUUAUAGUGACUUGAGUAGAAAUUAUGGUAACACUUUUGUUAAAGCUGGCCCUUGGGUGUGGAAUUUGCAGGUACCAAGCUGGCUUUGGCAUGCUGCUGUUGGAAACUGGUCCUGGCCUCCAGAAUGCUAAAUGCCUGCAGUUUGCAGGUACCAUUUCUUCCCUCGUUUGAUCUUGUGUGGCUCGUCUGUAUUGUAAACAAUCUUUUGGGGUUUGGAGGGUUUGGUCAAGUUCAAUACCAUUCGAUAUCCACUCCAGAACUUCUUGAUCUGUUUGAAGCAUGGUCCAGUUGUAGCUCACCAGAACCCCAAGAGGAGGGAAAAAAAGGAGCGUCUGGCGCAGCAUUAAUGUCUGGCAGAUUUACCAAGCAGUGUCUUGACUCUGACAUAGAUUAACCAGAUCUGCCUAGAUCUGGGGCACUGACUGACCAUAGUUAUUAAAAACUAAAAAACAAACGAAAAAAAAACCAACUUUGAGGUUCAUAGUGUAUGUUCUCUGAGGACACCAAUCUAAAAUUGUACAGAAUUGGGGGAUUUGGGUAUGCAUUUACAGAGGCUCCAGAUAGCGGCUACUCUAAGUGCAGAUUGAGGACACGUCUUUGACAGUACCUAAAAAAUAGCUAGGUAUGCAACAUCAGAGGCUCUGCUAUCCCUAAAUGGCACCAAAGAGAGCAGCUGCAUAUGAAGUGAUUUAUACUGAACACAUUUACUACACUCAUUUCUAUCAAUUUAUUUUGUAUAUAUAGACAGCUUUUUAUAUGCAUUUUUCUUAAUUAUGUAACUGUCAUGAAACGUCACAAAGCUGCAAGUUUAGUUAGUUCUAAUGUUGAUUAAAACUGGUGUUUGGCUGUUGGUUUUCUGCAGCAAUUACUUGAAUCUUGUUUCCAUUAGGUAGUAAGUCUGACAACGUUUACAGGAUCGCUUGCUUUGUUUUUGGAGGGGUUCCCCAUCUUUCUUCCCAACCCCUGCCCCAAGAAACAGAGAGCACGUGCUCAGCAGUCAGGAUGUGUGGAGGAUGAUGUGUUGAGAUCACCUUUAUUGGCGCCAAAGCAUUAAUCGUGACACAGAGUUAUUUUUAAUUGUGCUGCCUAAACUUGUAAUGAGCUGUAUUUAAGUUUGAGGUGAAGUGCAAAAGAUCUAUGUAAUAACACAUUUAUUUUAUUUUUUGUAUGUUACAGAUAGGACUAGUCCUAUGCACAGAGAAAACAUGUUGCCAUUUAUAGUUUAAUACUUGAAGUAACUUUUUUAAAUGGGCUUUUAUAAAUGAAUUAAAUAUAAAAUCACA